AUGGAUCUCAAAAAAAGUUUUAUAAAUAAAAAUUUUAUCUUCAGGUUGGACUCAAACAAUAUAUUGUCAAAUUUAAAUAGGAUAAUGACUAGGAAUUUAGCAUUGACUAAGGUGUCAGAAAAUCAUACUGGUUUAUCAAAUAAUAUAAUAAAAUGCUGGAAAUGGAAUGUAAAUAAAAUACUUAAUAUACAGGAAAAUAAGAAAUAUGCAAUAUUAAUAUUGAAUUGUAGAAUAACACAGAAGAAGGAUAUUAUUAAGAGAUUUUGGAAUGAAGCAUCAUUAAGAAUAACUGUUGAUGGCGGAACCUCACAUUGGGAUAAGUUUUUGAAUCAUUUAUCACAUGAUGAACAAAAAUCAAUGAAAUGUCCCGAUCUUGUGACUGGAGACUUUGAUUCUAUAAGUAAAGAGAUAUUACAGAAAUAUAAGGAGAAACAUUGUAAGGUAAAUAAGAUCAUAAGCACACCUGAUCAGGAUUUUACAGAUUUUACAAAGGCUAUUAUAGAGUUGAAUAAUUAUUGUGAGGAGAAUAAAGUACAGAUGGACUAUGCCCUUGUGAUGGCUCAGAAUUCAGGUCGGCUAGAUCAAAUACUAGGAAACAUUCAAACACUGCAUCAGAUCAAGGAAAAUAGAUUACUGCAUCCACAAACUAGAGUGUACAUGAUGUCAGAUGAUUCUAUAUCCUGGCUCCUACAUCCCGGAGAUCAUAUCAUAGAAAUUCCCAUUGAGAGUAGGAAUGGCAAUGCAUGGUGUUCCCUUAUACCAGUGGGAGAGCCAUGUAUAAGUGUUACAACUAGUGGACUUAAAUGGAAUUUAGAUAAUCAAAAAUUGAAUUUUGGUGGUCUUAUAAGCACAUCGAACACAUUCGACGGAUCCGAACAGGUUAAAGUUAAAUGUAGUCACACGUUGUUAUGGUCUAUGGAAGUACCAACUUUGAUGUAG